AUGUCUCUGCUGCAUCAUCUUGAAGAGAUUGAAGUCAAGAAAUGUGGUUCCAUUGAAUCGUUAUUCAACAUCGACUUGGAUUGUGUUGAUGCCAUAGGAGAAAAACACAACAUGAGGAGCUUAAGAAACAUUAAAGUGAAGAAUUCAUGGAAGUUAAGAGAGGUGUGGAGUAUAAAAGGUGAAAAUAACUCUUGCCCCCUUGUUUGUGGCUUUGAAGCUGUUGAAAGUAUAAGCAUUGAAAGUUGUAAGAGUUUUAGAAAUGUAUUCACACCUACCACCACCAAUUUUAAUAUGGGGGCACUUUUGGAAAUAUCAAUAGAUGACUGUGGAGAAUACAUGGAUUUCAAUUUUAUUUUCUUACUUAAUUAA